AUGGAUUCCUUCAUCAUAGCGGCUCUGGCAGUGUGCUCUCUAACGGCACCAGCCUAUGGGGACAAAGGAACCAGCAAAGCCCGGAGUUGUUCGGAUAUCAGGCAGUUUUAUAGCGGGAAAGGAUUCGCUCUGGAUGGUGUCCCUCAGUCUGAAAUAUCAGGGGAGCACCUGCGCGUCUGUCCCCAGGGUUACACCUGCUGUACCAGUGACAUGGAGGACAACUUGGCCAUGCUGAGCCGCAAGGAGAUGGAGGGACUACUCAAAGAGGCUGGUCGAUCCUUACAGAACUCACUCACUGGACAGUAUAAGGCCUUCGAUGGUUACUUCAUGGAGUUGCUGAACCGCUCUGCGAUUAAUCUACAGGAGACUUUCACUCCAACUUUGGGCUCCUUAUACUCCCAGAAUUCCCAGGUCUUCUCUGACCUGUACUCAGAUUUGAGGCACUACUACCGAGGCUCCAACGUCAAUCUUGAAGAGGUGCUCAACGAAUUCUGGGCCAAACUGCUGGAGAAGCUCUUCUACCAGGCAAACAAGCAAUAUUUCAUAGGUGAGGACUACCUGGAGUGUGUGUCCAAGCAGAUAGAGACACUACGGCCCUUCGGAGAAACACCCCGUGUGAUGAAGAUGAUGGUCACACGCACCUUUGUGGCAGCACGUUCCUUUGUUCAGGGACUGAUGGUCAGUGGGGAGGUGGUGCGCAAGGUGUCCCAGGUGCAGCUGAGCCAGGAGUGCAUGCGGGCCAUGAUGAGGAUGACUUACUGUCCCCACUGCCGCGGCAUGGCCUCUGCCAGACCUUGUGCCAACUACUGCAGCAACGUUAUGAAGGGCUGUCUGGCGAACCAGGCUGACCUCAACACCGAGUGGAGGCAUCUGGCAGAAACAAUGAUACAGGUGGCUGAUCGCUUUGAUGGCCCAUCUGGUGUGGAUAGCGUGGUCCUGUCCCUCCCCAAUCGCAUCUCAGAAGCCAUGUUUACCAUGAUGGAGAACAUAGAGACUAUCAACAGCAAGUUGUUCCAGGCCUGUGGCAACAUCAGAGAGGGCGGAACCAGCAGCACAGGAGCCGACGACAUCAUGAAGAGAGGGAAGGUUACAGUGGAGGACCGGUUGGGAACCAGCUCUAACAAAAUGGACAAACUGGUGUCUGAUGUAACCAUGAGACUGAGGGACAUGCAGCCGUACUGGGUUUCUCUCCCGAGUAUCCUCUGCAGUGACAGAGUGGCCACUGGAACGGGAGCCGAUGAUAAGUGUUGGAACGGCAUGAACCGUGCCAGGUACCUUCCCGAGGUGAUGGGCGAUGGCCUAGCCAGCCAGAUCAACAACCCUGAAGUGGAAAUUGACAUCACCAAACCAGACAUGACAAUACGCCAACAGAUAAUGCAGCUGAAGAUCAUGACACACCGCCUGAGGAAUGCUCUUAAUGGCCAGGAUGUGGACUUUCAGGACACCAGUGAUGAUGUCAGCGGUUCAGGAAGUGGCAUGUGCGCCGACGAUGCGUGUUCCCGUGGCGCGCGCCCUGUUAUCCCCGUCACCGACCGACCCAUACUCUACCCCUACCCUCCAGAAAACAAGAAGGUGAAAGGAUUCGCCAACCAGAAACUCCCCUGCAUCGCCAUUUACCUGCUUUCGCUCCUCGUUUUGCUGCUCCGGCGAUAAUUGACGGAGGAAUCUACCAACUGGGACUGAGUUUGGGACACGGAGGUUGGAGAGAGUCUGAAAGGGGAGGGAGGAGAUGUUGGGGGUUAGUUACUUUUGCCAAAACUAAAUAAGUGUAAAGAAAAAACAACAAAAUUGGACGGACUUCCUUUUGGUUUCGGAUUAGAACAAAAUGGAAUUACGAGUAUUCAUAAAUGUUUUGGUUCUGCUCUUUUCUUUUAUUUCUUGCUAUAUUAUGACACCAUUAGAGCUGGUCUUUUCGCAUCUUCUAAUGUUUUGUUUCUGGUGUUUGGGUUCUCUGAGAUUAUAUCUGUACCUAAGACAUGUGUAAGACUAUGUUGCUAACAGUAUGUUGGUGUUGACACCACGGGAAGAGGGAGAAUGGGGCUUUGCAGUGGCGCUCAGAUAAAUAUAUUUGUUAUUCCACUCCUUUAAAACAGUACUUGCGUUCAGUAGAAUUAUUUAUUUAUCAAUAACUUACAACAGACCCCAGAGCGGUUUAAUCACUUCUCAAUGUUCAUAGAAAAACGUACACAAACCACAAACGUAAAUUAAAUACAAUAUUGAUGACUUUUAAAGGGGAAUAAUCUGGACAGCACGACCCAGCGGACCUCUUAAUGCAUUAAGUCUCACAAUAUCAUUACACUUACACACACACACACACACUCUCUCACAGCGAGGAUGCGAGCACUCCGCGUCAGCACUUUUUUUGCCAUUUCAUCAUGUAAGCUGUAAAAAUAGCUGUGAUCACAUUUACACCGACAUGAUCAUCUAAUGUGGGAGUAACGUGACCCGUCCACCACUCCAUCCAUCCACUCAUCCCUACAUUCCCCCUGCUGGGGCAGAUCUCCCUCUCUCCCCAGAUCCUGCUGGCUGUGUAGGAUCAACUCGAGUGUCAGGUGUAAGCAAAACACAUGCUGGGCUGGGCCAGGUCUCAGAUGACAGCAGCUUCCCACUAUAGAGCACUGUACUGUAUGUGGAAUGGGGGCUGUCGGUUUAAGAUUGCCGUCACAGCAAAGGAUUGACAGUUCAUGAUUUGGGAAACGUGUAGCAGAGCAGAAAUGUACACAGAAGCAGAAACACUGCUAUCAUAUAGCGCUUUUUUCAGUAUUCAUUUUAUGUGCACAGGAGAGCAAAAUUAUAAUAUACGUAACGUGCAACUAGCAAUGUGUUGCUUUUUUGUCUAAUUGCAGCAAUGAUCCAUAUCACAGUAAAAGCUGCACCAUGCACGUCUUUGAAUCAUACUACUAUUUGUAUGGCAGACACAACAGUGUACAUAUUUUUGAUUUCUUCUUUGUUGUUUUCUAGAAAUAAAAUAGCCAAUUAGGUAUCAAAAUGUUAUAACGGCCAGAUCAUUAUAUACUAUAACUCAUUCAUCAUCUGUCAUAGCUUGUCCAUAUCUGCCUUCCAUUUUUCUGCAACUUUUCUAUAUCAGUGCCUCUUUAUUCCCACCCCCUACUCCCUCUACCCUUCUCCCCGCUCAUCGGUUAUAAUGACCUUUUAAAGCGUUCCUCAUGCUUCUACAUGGUAGCAAGGCAAUAUGACAAUGACACAGUGCUUCAUUAUGUGUCAACAUUACUAGGAAUGUUGUGGGAACACACAGUGUAAGGCUUUUCCUGAUGAGAAGCUUGCUGGGGAGGAAAAACAUACCACAUUUUAAUUCAAAGAAAUGUCAAAGCUCUCAUUUAAGAGCCCUGUGUGCAGGAUGAUGGGACGAUGCUUGCAUGCGUGUGUGUGUGAGUGUGUGUGUGUGUGUGUGUGUGUGUGUGUGUGUGUGUGUGUGUGUGUGUGUGUGUGUGUUUGUGUGUGAAUGUGUGGACUUGUCUUUCAUUGAUAGAGCAAAACAGAAAUGGACGAUAGAGCUUUAUAAAUCUUGUUUGGAUGGCAUCGAAAUUAAAUGUAAUAAAAUGUAUUCCACUAACAUUGUCUGACUUAGUGCGAUUCAACUGACGUAAACGGGACAUUAAUAAAGCUCUUUUUUUAGGAUUUUCAAACAACUACUGUAAAAAAUCUGCAUUAAUGGUAUCUUUGCUUGUCAGUAUUGUAUGUGACAGAUACAUUUAAUUUGGAGGAUGGAAAAUACAGUGCUCCAGUUGUACACUGGAACAAUCCACCAUGAUUCAUUCUAUGAAAAAAGAACUGUUGAUAAUACUUGUCAUAUACCUGUUGUUGGGAGCUCUGUCACGGUUUGAAGAAUAGCUAAUUUGUUAGAUACUUGGUUAAUUACUGCUCUGGAAAUGGGUGAGGCUGUCGUCAUUAGUGUCACCUGACAUGUUACUUUGAGGAUAUUUUCUUUUUUCCGACAUGCUUAAUUAAUGAAUGCUAUGUUUGCCGUGCGUAUGCGUGUCUAUGUGCAUUUGUCUGUCUUUAUGUUAGUCCCUGGUUAAAGAAAUCAGCCUGUGACUGCCUUUGACACUUUGUCUAGGGUUGGGGUCAAUUUUUAGAUUCAAAAAGAGCGAUACAAUUAUAUUAGAUGAUCCAGUGGGGGGGAAAAAAUACACAUUUUGAACAAAGAACAAUUAGUAAGAGCACCACAUGGGUCUUCUUUUUGUGACCUUCGAGAAAAAAUAUGAAUACGAAUGUGAAAGUCCACAUUAAGCCCUGUAAAGAAUGAGAAGUGACUCCAACUGUGAUGGUGACAUUCCAAUUCAAAGACGACUUGCGACUCACAACUUCAGUUUCAAUGACUGCCUCACAAUGUCAUCGGCUGAAAUUUGCACAACCCCUCCCUCUCUCCUCCUCCACCUUUUGAUCUCAUUAAUUUGUUGCUCAAAGUCCCCCUCCUUUUUAUAAAACCUGCACUUUUAUGAGGCCAAUAAAUGGCAUUGUCUGCACAAAGACAUCACAAGAUGGUCGAUCAAUACGCGAGUCAACACCUUCCAGAAACGACUAUUGAUUGGGGAUGUGUGUAUGCAGAUAGACAUGGCCCAGCAAGACGUCUCCUGUUCAACUAUGAUGAAACAGUGUAAAAACAAAGCCCCUGUAUGUGAGAGGAGGCAGGAGAAAGGAUUGUCCAGAGGGCUGAUCUCAAAUCAGCUUGUGCACCUUAAUCCAGCCCUCAUUCAUUGAGUGGUUAAAAUGCAAAGCUGUUUAUAACACCAUUUAAAGACAGCUUUAUUCUACACUGAGUUGAAUACGAGAGGAAUUUCUUAAAGGUGCCAAUUUAUGAGGAAGAAAGUACUUUUAAUUCUCUUGUUUUUAUGUACUUUGGUUUUGUUGUUAUCAGAAAUCUAUGGAGAGUGUGUGCUUAUGGUGAAGAUAGAUGCCAGAAAGAGGUUGAAAAAUACAAAUGUCUCAUUUGCUGUUGUAUCUGAAAUCUUGUGUCAAUUAUAUACAUUGUAAGAUUUUCAACA